GACAAACAUCGCUUUGAUAUGAAUGUCCAGUACAUAUUUUGAUGUAAAUAUCUUGAUACACGUUCUGUCUAUUUCUCCAUAUCGCCAUGGAUCCUGAUUAUAAGACUAAAUACGCCAUACAUGAGGCUGCCCGGGAAGGACGAAUUUCCACGGCGGAAUCGUUGCUUAAUGCGAAUCCAAAAUUGGCAUUCCUCAAAGACCCCGAUGGCCGCCUUCCCAUCCACUGGGCAGUAGCAUACAACCAUUUUCCGAUUGUAGAACUCCUAGUCGGAAUGCCAAAGUUCGAUCCUGAUGAAGUGGACGCAUCAGGAUGGACACCGCUGAUGAUCGCCGCAAGCUUGAAAGACGGCGAAGGAGAUCAGAUAAUUGAACUCUUGCUACGGAAAGAUGCAGAUGUCAAUAUAAAAAGCGCUAGCGGUCAAAACGCUCUCCACUUCGCAACCUCGAAAGUCAACGUGUCCACUGUCCGUCUACUCCUAACGCACAAAUGCAGCGCAAGGGUGAAGGAUAACCGUGGCCAACUAGCCCUGCAUCGCGCUGCGGCCGUUGGAUCCGUGCCCAUUAUCAAUAUGCUAUUGCAGGAGGGCAAGAGUCCGCUAAACGCAACGGAUGUGGACGGAUCGACUGCGCUGCAUCAUGCUAUUGCAGAAGGAAACGGAGAAGCUGCCCUUGUGCUACUGCGGGCUGGUGCGGAGGUAGAUAAACGAGAUAAGAAUGAUAAGUUGGCUAUUGAACUAGCUCCUGACGUCAAGGUGCGGAAAUAUAUAUUCGAAUCUGCAGAGCGGGAAGGUAUUGAGUUAUUCCCUUGAUACUGCUCGCAAAGCCUCAACUUCUAUAGAACGCUGCGUCCCUAUCUAUAUUCUAAAUUACGAUGACCCUGAUGCUAUGAUGUAUGCAUUUAAUGUAUGAUUAAUAAUUUCAUAUUUAAACCACAUGAAGAGUCUCUACAUGGAUGAUCGACAUAUAUCUACACAACCGCAAAAUUCAACCAACAAAUCAGGCCACCAGGCCUGUCAGUUAAUACGCCCUUCUAUAUACAUAGACAUCAAGCCAUAGGAAGUAUACAAGGCGCCAAAUUCCCACCGCACCACAUCGCAUCCUCCCUACAACAACUGCUCUAUUAUUCCCCUCUGUCCCUUCCCAUCAUUUCAUCGUACUAUCCACCAACUCCCGAUAAAUAUUCUUCAAAUCAGCAAUAUCCGCCCUCAGCUCCUCUACCAGCUCACUCUUCUCUCCCAGCAUCUCCAAUGUAGUCUGAUAUCGCUGAUCGAGCUGCUCAACAGUCGUUUCUAGCUCCUGUAUCCGCUGGUCCCCUUUUCUCUUCUCCUCUACCUCACGCAUCAGUUCCACAACUUCCUGCCGUGCUUCAUCGCGCUGCGCAGUUAGACGGGCGAUCUCGUCCUUGAACGCAGCCCGUUCACUUUCUAAGCGGCGUAUGGAGGUGCUCAUGCGCUCGACGAGCUGCACGGAGGGCCCUGCCGCGAUAGUGGAGACGGAGAUGAUAUCGUUGACGCCGCGGGAGUGGGCGUGGGUCCCUUGGGCGGAUGGAGUGGCUGGGCUACCCAUGCCGUUGAAAUAUUCUUCAGGGUCGUAGGUUUGGGAUUGCGUGAGAUCGACUGGUGGAAUUGAAAGUUCAUGAGGGGACGAGGAGGGGAGACGGGGUGGUUGUUGUUGCGGGUUAGAGUUGAGGGAGGAGAGGGAACUUUGACGGUGUGGUGUGGACCGUUCGGGGAGGGCGGCUAGGAGUAUUGAGGAGGAUCUAUGGCUCGGUGCCCGGUCAGACAUGGGGCCAGUGGGAUCGAGGCCGACCAUUGGUUUACGGUUGAAGGCGACCGGUGAUCCGGUUCGGGGUUCUUGGAGUAAAGAGGAUGACGGUGGCCUGGCGAGUUCUUGCCAUCUCGCCCUUUCCUCUUCAAGUCGUUGUGAUAAUGUUAAUUCGGCGGCCUCCUUUUGUUUGGCGAGGUCCUGUUUGGCAAUGAGGAAGUCAUUCUCUGUUUUCGCGAGUUUGCGGGUUAGGUUUUGAAUUUCCUGCUUUGAUGCUUCAAGGUUCCUCUCUGUUUCCUGAAUGACUUCUCGGGAAUUUUCCAGUUCGCCUUCGGUUUUCUUGGCUUUGAAGCUCUGUUGAAAUCAUGAUUAGUGGUUUCAUUUCAUUCAUCGUGAAAAGUUGUACAGUCAUACCGCUUCACGGACUUUCCUCCGCAAGUCCCCUUCUCUCCGUUCUAAUUCAUCCCGCUCUUUUUCGACGGUAGUCAGGCGUGCGAGCAACGAUCCUUCAAUUCCAUGCCAGUUCUCGCUGGCAACAGCGUACUGGGUUUGCAAUGUUUCAAUCUGGCGGAGGAGUUUUGCAUGCGAUUCGCCGGUUGCGCUGGACGACACUUCCUCCGCACGGGACCGUAGGCUUUCCAUCUUACUUUCGAGUACCGACUGCUCGCCGCGAAGUUCAAUUUCGAGGGUUCGGGAGCGUUCUUUCUCCCUCUCAAUGCCUUCUUUUAGGUCUCUAAUCUCCCUUCGAAGCUUUCCCUCGCUAAUCUCUCGUUCUAUCUUAGCGCUGGAGAGGUCAUCCAUAAGUUCAGUCACCCGACGUUUUUCAGCCUCUGUAGACUCAAUUUGGGCUUUCCGCUCGGCUGCUUCAGCCUUAGAUAUAGCUUUUGCUAGUUGAGUCUUAAGUUCCGCUACAGUCGCGUUGGAUGCGUUACGUUCUGCAGUCACUGUUUCAAGUUGUUUUUCGACCUUGGAUUUGGCAUUAAGUCUUUCUACGGCCUUGCGCUCUGCGAUUUCCGCUCGAUUCGCUCGAUCCUCUGAAAUUUCUAGGUCCUUCUCGACUUUCUCAAGCCUCUUCUUAGUCUCAGAUUGCGACUUCGCAUUUUCUGCAAUAAUUUGUCGUAAUUUCUUGAUAGUUGCCCGGUGGUCUAGUUCGGUUUUUGAAAGUCUUUGGCCUUCCUCCAUUAAGUUUGCAAUCUGCUCCUCCUUUUCAAGAAGCUUUUUCUCGAGACUCCCAGCUUCCGCGGACGCUGCAGCUAGUUUAGCGGACUCCGCAGCUUCCUGUGCUAGAUACUUUAAUUUUGAUUGUAAAGCAUCUAUCCUCUCGACAUAUGCAUGUAGUUCUUCUUGCCAUCGGAGUUCUGAUGCUUCAUGUUCUGUCCUCAUUUGCGUCAUUGCCUCUUCA